UGUUAGCGCCGGGCCGCGCCCCUCCCGGCCGCACUUCCUCUCUCAGUCCCAGCUGCCGCUGCUGGGGAGCCCCGCUAGGCUUGGUGAUUCUGGUGGCCUGCAGUCUGCCGCCGCCACGCCUUGGCUUCAGGGUGCGUGGUCCCAGCCAAGUCUGCCCUACUGCGGUAUGAGAGAGAAGGAAGCUUUGGCAUAGCCAUCUCCACAGAAGUUCCAGCUGUAAGGAGCAUCGGCCUCUCUUAGGAUGACGUCACCCUCCAGUCCUCCAGCUUUUAGGCUGGAGACAUCAGAUGGAGACCAAGAAGAUAGUGCUGAAGUGGACAAAGGAAGAAAUGAGCCACCCCCCAUGGAAUCACCAUUCCAGGGCGAGGACCGGAAUUUCUCCCCUCAGAUCAAAGUGAAUCUCAACUACCGAAAGGGACGAGGUGCCAGCCAGCAGGACCCAAACAGGUUUGACCGUGACCGACUCUUCAGUGUGGUCUCUCGGGGUGUCCCUGAGGAGCUGGCUGGACUGCGAGAAUACCUGUGCCGGACCAGCAAGUACCUCACUGACUCUGCGUACACAGAGGGCUCCACAGGGAAGACAUGCCUGAUGAAGGCUGUGCUGAACCUUCAGGACGGGGUCAAUGCCUGCAUCCUGCCGCUGCUGCAGAUUGACAAGGAUUCUGGCAAUCCUCAGCCCCUCGUCAAUGCCCAGUGCACCGAUGAGUUCUACCGAGGCCACAGUGCGCUGCAUAUUGCCAUAGAGAAGAGGAGCCUGCAGUGCGUGAAGCUGCUAGUAGAGAACGGAGCAAAUGUUCACAUCCGAGCCUGUGGCCGCUUCUUCCAGAAGCACCCAGGGACUUGUUUCUAUUUUGGUGAGCUACCUCUUUCUCUGGCUGCAUGCACCAAGCAGUGGGAUGUGGUGACCUACCUCUUGGAGAACCCGCACCAGCCUGCCAGCCUGGAGGCCACUGACUCCCUGGGCAACACAGUCCUGCAUGCUCUGGUCAUGAUCGCAGAUAACUCCCCUGAGAACAGUGCACUGGUGAUCCACAUGUAUGAUGGGAUUCUCCAAGUGGGGGCCCGCCUGUGCCCCACUGUGCAGCUUGAAGAUAUCUGCAACAAUCAAGGCCUCACACCCCUGAAACUAGCUGCCAAAGAAGGCAAAAUUGAGAUUUUCAGGCACAUUCUGCAGCGGGAGUUCUCAGGACUGUACCAGCCCCUUUCCCGAAAGUUCACCGAGUGGUGCUACGGUCCUGUCCGAGUAUCACUGUAUGACCUGUCCUCUGUGGACAACUGGGAAAUGAAUUCAGUGCUGGAAAUCAUCGCCUUUCAUUGCAGGAGCCCGCACCGUCACCGCAUGGUGGUUUUAGAGCCGCUGAACAAGCUGCUGCAGGAGAAAUGGCAACGGCUCAUCCCCAGGUUCUUCUUCAACUUCGCCUGUUACUUGGCCUACAUGCUCAUCUUCACCAUUGUUGCCUACCACCAACCUUCCCUGGAGAAGCCAGCUGUUCCCUCAUCAAAAGCAACUUUUGGGGAAUCCAUGCUGCUGCUGGGCCACAUCCUGAUUCUGCUUGGGGGUAUUUACCUAUUACUGGGCCAGCUGUGGUACUUUUGGCGCCGUCGCCUGUUCAUCUGGAUCUCAUUCAUGGACAGCUACUUUGAAAUCCUGUUCCUUGUCCAGGCUCUGCUCACGGUGCUGUCCCAGGUGCUGCGUUUCAUGGAGACUGAAUGGUACCUACCCCUGCUUGUGUCAUCCCUGGUGUUGGGCUGGUUGAAUCUGCUUUACUAUACACGUGGCUUCCAGCACACAGGCAUCUACAGUGUCAUGAUCCAGAAGGUCAUUCUUCGAGACCUGCUCCGAUUCCUGCUGGUCUACUUAGUCUUCCUUUUUGGCUUCGCUGUAGCCCUAGUGAGCUUGAGCCGGGAGGCCCAAAGCCCCAAAGCCCCUGCUGAUAACAACACCACAGUGACAGAACAGCCCAUGCUGGGCCAGGAAGAGGAGGCAGCACCAUAUGGGGGCAUUCUGGAUGCUUCACUAGAGCUCUUCAAGUUCACCAUUGGUAUGGGUGAGCUGGCCUUCCAGGAACAGCUGCGCUUUCGUGGGGUGGUGCUGCUGUUACUGUUAGCCUACGUCCUUCUCACCUACGUUCUACUGCUCAACAUGCUCAUUGCCCUCAUGAGCGAGACUGUCAACAGCGUUGCCACUGACAGCUGGAGCAUCUGGAAGCUGCAGAAAGCCAUAUCUGUCUUGGAGAUGGAGAAUGGUUACUGGUGGUGCAGGAGGAGGAAGCAUCGCUCAGGGAGGCUGCUGAAAGUCGGCACCAGGUGGGAUGGUGUGCCUGAUGAGCGCUGGUGCUUCAGGGUGGAGGAAGUGAACUGGGCUGCAUGGGAGAAAACACUCCCCACCUUGUCUGAGGAUCCAUCAGGGGAAGGCAUCCUUGGUUAUGACAAGAACCCAGCUUCUAAAUCUGGGAAGAACAGUGUCUCAGAGGAAGACCAUCUGCCCCUCCAGGUCCUCCAGUCUCAGUGAUGGCCCAGAUGCUGCAGCAGGCUGGCAGGGCUGAGUGGGGGAUCUUUCCAGCCAUACCUGCUGGCUCUGAGGCUACUGCAUUUUGGUGGAAAUAUAAAUAUAUUUUUUGUGUAACUAUGUGGUCUAGAAGUAUUAUUUGAAUAAAGUUAUGGGGGUCCUUGUACCUGG